AGAAGAGGCAGCUAUGGACUGGUAGGAAGCAGAAUGGCAGUCACUCCGUGGCAGUUCAAGUUCUUCGACGUCUCGCAAGUCAAGCUCCCCGACGACGAGAGCUCCUUCCUCGCCGAGCCUGGGAACACGGCCUGCAUCGUCUCUGGCUCCGAGAGCAUUUUCGUGGGCAGCGCCGAUGGCGUCGUCCGCAUCCUGUCGCAGGCCUUCAAGGUCGUGCGCACCUUCCGAGCCUAUGACGCCGGCGCAAUCACGCACAUGAGGCAGGUCGAGGGCACGUCGUUGCUCGUCACCAUUGCCGAAGACCUGUCCAACGAACCCGUGCUGAAAGUAUGGGCUCUGGACAAGCUGGAGAGGAAGACUGGUGUUCCGCGCUGCCAGAGCACUCUCACCAUCCAGAAUGGACGCAAGCAGUUCCCCAUAUCGGCCUUUGCCGCCCUGGACGACUUGUCGCAGCUCGCUGUUGGCUUCGCGAACGGCGCAGUCACAGUGGUACGAGGCGAUCUCAUCCACGAUCGAGGAGCGAGACAGCGCACCGUGUUCGAAUCUGAAGAGCCCAUUACUGGCAUCGAGUUUAGAGAAGGCAAUAUCACCACUCUCUACAUCGCCACCACCGGGCGCAUCAUGACCCUCGUGAUAUCUGGCAGAGGACAAGGGCAGCCUGCAAAGUCACUCGAUGAAUACGGCUGUGGAGUAGGCUGCAUGGCUGUAGACAAGGCUACACGGGACGUUGUAGUCGCAAGGAACGACGCCGUAUAUUACUAUGGUCAACACGGUCGCGGGCCUCCAUAUACGUACGAGGGCGAGAAGAAGUUGAUCUCGACGUACAAAGACUACGUUGUGAUUGUCGCACCCCCAAAGUCGAACGCAAUGCCCAGAUCCAACCCACUAAGAGCCUUCGGCGUUGGAUCUGCUGAUGAUGUAUUCAACACAACCAGCUUCACCCUUCUCAACACCGAGCUUCGGUUCGUAGCGCAUCAGGAGCAGAUAUCGUCGCAGGUCCAGGCCAUUGUUUCCGAAUGGGGCGACCUCUUUGUGUUCACACUCGAUGGAAAGAUCUUCCGGUACCAGGAAAAGCCUUUCGCUCAGAAACUGGAUAUACUCUAUCAACGCAAUCUCUACGUUCUAGCUAUCAACCUCGCGCAGAAAGCUGGCCUCGAUUCGUCACAACAGAAUGUCAUUCUCAGGAAGUUCGGCGACUACCUUUAUUCCAAACAAGACUAUGACACUGCAAUGCAGCAAUACCUCAAGGCUAUUGAUAACACAGAACCGUCCCAGGUUAUCCGGAAGUUUCUUGAUACACAGCGCAUUCACAAUCUGAUUGAAUAUUUAGAAGAACUACAUGACCAUCAUAAGGCGACUUCAGACCAUACCACUCUACUACUCAACUGCUAUGCCAAGCUUAAAGACGUUGACAAACUGGAGGAGUUCAUCAAGUCGCCUGACGAUCUGAAGUUUGACCUAGACACCGCCAUUUCGAUGUGUCGCCAGGGAGGCUACUUCGACCAGGCAGCAUUUCUUGCUCGCAAACAUGGCGAGCACGAACUAGUUGUAGAUGUGCUCAUCGAGGACUCGAAACGAUACGCUGAAGCAUUGGCCUAUGUUUGGCGGUUGGAGCCUGAAGUAGCGUACUACAACCUAAUGAAAUACGCAACAGUAUUGCUGCAGCACAUACCCAAGGAUACAACCCAACUUUUCAUCGAUUAUUACACUGGGAGUUUUCGACCAAAGAAGGAUGCUAUCAUCAUACCUAAUGCACCAUCAUCAGGUGGAAUGGGCAUGGGUCUCGGUGCGGCAUCGAGCGCUGUACAAAAUCUUGCUGCCCUUCUACCUCUGCCUUACAUGAACACCAACGCAUUGGCGUCCCCUUCAUCGGGCGAGCAGAAAAGCACAAUGAGUCAAGCUCAGAUUGUCGAGACGGACACGGACGAGCCUGCGCCAAAGUACAAGGUACCAAAACCUCGAACUGCAUUCUCGGCAUUCGUGGAUCACGCUCAGGAGUUCAUCGUGUUUCUGGAAGCAUGUAUCGAUUCAGAGAACUUACGCGAAGACGACAAAGUCGAUCUCUAUACCACACUUUUCGAGAUGUACCUGCACAUCGCGUCCUCGAAGAAGGACAGUGAGCGGCAAGAGUGGGAAAAUAAAGCGAAGAAACUUGUCGAGGGCAAAGACAUACCGAUAGACACGUCGAAUGUCCUCCUUCUAUCCCAUCUUUCCAAUUUCCGCGACGGCGCAAUCCUUGUUCGCGAGCAACAAGGCCUCCACUUCGAUAUCUUCCGCUCCUAUACCACCGCAAAAGACACACAAGGCGCCAUUCGCGCACUUCGCAAGUACGGCCCCGAGGAACCAGCACUGUACCCAGCUGCCCUCGCAUAUUUUACCUCCUCGCCCGAAAUCCUUGCCGAAGCAGAUGACGAGCUAAACACAGUGCUGAAGAAGAUCGACGAUGAUGGCCUCAUGGCACCGCUUCAGGUCAUACAGACCCUCUCCGCAAACGGUGUCGCUACAAUGGGCAUGAUAAAAGCGUACCUCAGCACCACGAUUGAACGCGAGCGCGCUGAAAUUGCAGCAAAUCGCCGCACAAUCGAUACCUUCCGUUCCGACACCGAGGCCAAGAAAGCAGAGCUCCAGAAUCUGAAUGCAAAGCCUGUCGUCUUCCAAGCUGCGCGAUGCCAGGUGUGUAGUAAGCCGCUCGAACUACCGGUCGUACACUUCCUGUGCAAGCACUCGUUCCACCAGAGCUGUUUGAGCACGGAUGAGGAUGUCGAGGAUGCAGAGGUUGAGUGUCCGGUCUGUAGUAGUCAGAAUGCGACGGUCAAGGCGAUUAGGAGGGCGCAGGUUGAAAGCGCGGAGAGGCAUGACUUGUUCCAAGAUGCGCUUAGGAGAGGAAAGGACGGGUUUGCUGUCAUUAGCGAGUGGUUUGGGAGGGGUGUCAUGGGGGUUGGAGGUACAGAGUAGCAGCGGUAGUCGUAGUGUCGUUCAAAUUCAACCAGUGUUUUCGAG